AUGGACGUUGACGUGCCCUCUCUUAUUAGUUGGCUUCUGAGUGGGGAUAAAGAACUGCAAAUAACUUCUUUGGAGUAUCUUUGCAAUGCACUUCUCUUCACCGACGACAGAGGAUUCGUUAAUAAGCUUGACACUACUGCGAUAAUCAAUGCUUUGCUGCUCUUGUUUUCCGAGGAUAAUGCCCCAGAUGAUGUGUUAGAAUUGAAUGCUCGAACACUACUCUAUCUUUUGGAGAUGCUCGAUGCACCAGCCCUGCGAAAUAUCAAAAUCAAGCAUUAUAAAAUUUUGUGCAUGCGUCUUGACAUAGCAGAUUUGUCAUCGUCUUCCGGCAGUGAAUUAGCACAACGAAUUAUUAAGCUACUAGAUUUUAUAACAAGCGUGGAGGCUGGAAAGCCCUACUUUGGUGGAGUGCUGUCAAGUGUCCUUCGAUUUGUUCGUUGGCACUCGGAAGAGGUCCAUGCAGAUGUAAUUCAGUCAAGUAUGAAUAUCAUACAUGAACUGUGCCGCCGUUGCGAGCCUGGAGAUAAGCAUAUGCCAGAGUGGAUGGAUUCCCUUUCUGAUCUCCUUAGUCAUAAUAACUAUGAGGUGGUUGUGAAGAAAGCACUUCAAUCCUUGGGGUGUAUUUUUGAAAGGUUCUCAACCUCGGGACGGGACUUGUCCUCCAUCGCAACGAAUGAACUUAUCACAAGACUCUCGCAUCAUCUCUAUAAGGCGUGCGGGGUUUUUCCUGAUAUUCGUGCUCCUGGUCUCUCGCUGUUUUACUAUCCAUCUUUUUUGGAGUUUGCGACAUCUUAUUCCCCACGACAAGAAGACACUUCAUGUAAGCUUGAUGGUUUUGAGACAAUGGGCUUUUUUCCGAGGUAA